GUUCGUUAAAGAAUAAUAUUAUUUAAAGUGCGGGUGUAGAAUAUAUAUAAUAUAGUAAUAUAUAUAAAUAAAUAUAUUUCUAGUGAGGAAUAUACAUUUUUUAUAUAUAUAUAUAUAUUUCUUUUUUUAUCGUAUUAAUAUAAUAAAUCAUAAAUAAAGUGAAGUGCAUUUCCGAAAGUAGUGUAAAGGGAAAUGAAAAAACACGAAAGAUAAAAGAAAGGAAAGAGAGCUAAAAAAAAAAAUAAAAUCAAAGUGAGGAGAAAGGGAAAGAGAAAGACGCAAGAUUAUAGAGUGAGGUUCGAGAAAACAAUGUGGAAGUGCUGUACGUGAGAGACGAAAAGAGAAAAAGAAAGAAAUUAAAAGAAAGAAAUUAAAAGAGAAAGAGAGAGAGAGAGAGAGAGAGAGAAAGCUUGUGACCAACUUCCGGUAAUUCAGAAAAGAUUCUUGCACGAGAGUGCGAUUUUUAUCUUUCGCUCGCCUUCGUUAACCCACGCAGAAGCUAUUCUUUUCUUAUUUAGAGAAAAUGGAUUCGCCCGUCAUCGUGGAUUCAGCAUCCAAAUUCGGACGAGGGAUCGAUCUGGACCACUCGUUCCCUGGCUUUCCAUUCGACGACGACGACGAUUUUGGUCGACGUACUGACAUACGAGCACAUUUGGACGACCUAGCUGCUCGACAUCCAGAGUUCGCAGAUCAUCUUUUAGGACCUCCUUGGGGUGAUAUACCAUUCCGAGGAUCUACGCAUAAUAAUCAACGUCGAGGUUCAGGAAACGGAGGUAGCAGUAGUAGUUAUCCAAAUUAUCCAGACGAGGACGCCAGGAGUCAAGCUAGUGGUAGUAGUGCUACUAGCGCCGCGAGUGGUGCAAGUGGCGUUAGUUCGCACGGUGAACCAGAAUCUUCAUUCUCAUCUGGUCGUUCACAAUAUAAAGAAUCGCACAGGGAAGAUAGAAGAAAUCCUAUUCCACAAUACGGUUUACGUAAUACCGUUGACAUUGGUCAACAUCAUCGCGACAAUAUGGAGAAUUCUGAGAAGGAUGCACGUGGACAACGUUCGAUGUCAGCGCCACCAGAGAACAGACAACAAACGAACGUUCAGCAAAGUUCGCAUGAGCAAGAUAAGCCUCAGCCACAGCCGGGACAGCGUUUCGUUUCUAGAGUUGACAUAACGCCACAGCACAAUCAGCAAUCUUCUCCUUCUCAGCAGCAGUCAUCGCCACCACCACCUUCACAGCCAACUCAGCAACCACAAAGCAACGUUAGGCAUAUACCAAUAUUUGUAGAAGGACGUGAUGAGCCAGUAAUCUCGAAGAAUGCCCAUGCGCCUUUCCAAAGACAACAAUCGCCACCGCAAUUUCAAAAUUCAUCACAUUUCUCCAAAUCGUCUCCUUUCAAUCUAGGUUUCGGGUCUAGACAAUGGCGACCACAUUUCCAAGAAUCUUUCUAUCAGCCACACCCAUCUUUCGAUCAUUCACCGACACGUCGUACUCAGCAAUCACCGAAUUAUCAACAACCUAAACAACAGCAACAAUAUAACGAGAGACAACGACACGAGCAACAACCACAAAGACAUCAAUUCGACUCUCAACCGCAAGAACAUCAUCAGUCUCGACAGAGAGUGCAUCAGCAACAGGAUCCAAAUUUACAUUCGCAGCAACAGGCAGCUGGUCAACAAGCGCAACAACAAGAGGCAUCUAAACCUAUACCAAAACCUGCACCACCUAAAGAUCCUCUUGAGAGAGUAGCUUUGGUACAAAAAGAAGUAGAUUCUCUUGCUGAACAAGUCAAACAGUAUACCGGAAACUCUCGCAAGGACAAGCAAUAUAUUUACUUGGACGAGAUGCUAACAAGAGAAUUGAUCAAACUAGAUGACAUAGAAACAGAAGGACGAGAAAAUGUUCGUCAAGCUCGUAAAAAUGCUAUCAAAACUAUACAGGAGACGAUAAGUCUAUUGGAAUCUAAGGCGCCUUUACCUGGACAAGAACAAGUCCAAGAUGACCAAUCCCAAAUUAUGCAAAUGGAACAAUGUCAAGAGCAGGAGCAGGAAAGUCGUCAAUCGAAUGAAUCGAUGGAUGUUGAACAAAAUAAUGAACAGAGCACACAACUAAACGAGCCAAUUCCAUUGCCUCCUGGACCUUCCUCGCCAAAAGCUAUUUCUGAAACAAGUGAAACUGCUGCUGCAGUAACACAAAAUGAACAACAAAAUGUAUCAAUUGAAAAUCAGUUAACAAAACAAGAGCAGGAGGUUCCAGCUGUUAUCAAUGAGGAACAACAACAACAAGAACAGCAGAAACAAGAGAUCGAAAUUGUUGCCGAUAAAUCAUCGAACGAUAACACGAAUAAUAUUACUGAAGUGACGAUGCAAAUUGAUUCGUCUAGUCCAAUGGAAGUGCAAGAGAAAGUAGAAAGUGUUGUUGAGGAAAAGAAAGACGAGAAUCAAAAUGUAUCGCAUGAAAUCAAAUUGGACAGUGAUGAACAAAGCCAAUGGACGAUGAAAAACAAAUUA